GCCGGGGCGGGGCCGCGAGCGGCAUGGAGGAGGCGGAGGCCGCGGAGCGCCGGGCCGAGCAGUGCGGGCCCGAGCGGGGCCCGAGCGGGGCCCGGGCCCCCUGAGCCAUUCCUGAAGGCAUGGGUUGGCCAGGACAGUGGUGACCCCCCAAUCCGGCAUGGACGACUGGAAGCCCAGCCCCCUCAUCAAGCCCUUUGGGGCUCGGAAAAAGCGGAGCUGGUAUCUUACCUGGAAGUAUAAACUGACCAACCAGCGGGCCCUGCGGAGAUUCUGUCAGACAGGAGCUGUGCUUUUCCUACUGGUGACCGUCAUUGUCAACAUCAAGUUGAUCCUGGACACGCGGAGAGCAAUCAGCGAGGCCAAUGAAGACCCGGAGCCAGAAAAAGACUAUGAUGAGGCCUUGGGCCGACUGGAGUCCCCACGGCGCAGAGGCAGUGGUCCCCGACGGGUGCUGGAUGUGGAGGUAUACUCAAGCCGCAGCAAAGUGUACGUAGCAGUGGACGGCACUACGGUGCUGGAGGAUGAGGCCCGGGAGCAGGGCCGGGGCAUCCAUGUCAUCGUCCUCAACCAGGCCACGGGCCAUGUGAUGGCAAAGCGGGUGUUUGACACGUACUCGCCUCAUGAGGAUGAGGCCAUGGUGCUGUUCCUCAACAUGGUGGCACCUGGCCGAGUGCUCAUCUGCACCGUCAAGGAUGAGGGCUCCUUCCACCUCAAGGACACAGCCAAGGCUCUGCUGAGGAGCCUAGGCAGCCAGGCCGGCCCUGCCCUGGGCUGGAGGGACACCUGGGCCUUCGUGGGACGAAAAGGAGGUGCCAGGACCGUAGGCCAUCCGCCCUGUAGUCCUGUCCUCGGGGAGAAACAUUCUAAGUCACCUGCCCUCUCCUCCUGGGGGGAUCCAGUCCUACUGAAGACAGAUGUGCCGCUGAGCUCAGCUGAAGAAGCAGAGUGCCACUGGGCAGACACAGAGCUGAACCGUCGCCGCCACCGCUUCUGCAGCAAAGUCGAGGGCUAUGGGAGUGUGUGCAGCUGCAAGGACCCCACACCCAUCGAGUUCAGCCCUGACCCACUCCCAGACAACAAGGUCUUCAAUGUGCCUGUGGCUGUCAUUGCGGGGAACCGGCCCAAUUACCUGUACCGGAUGCUGCGCUCUCUACUCUCAGCCCAGGGGGUGUCUCCCCAGAUGAUAACAGUUUUCAUCGACGGCUACUAUGAGGAGCCGAUGGAUGUGGUGGCGCUGUUUGGUCUGAGGGGCAUCCAGCACACUCCCAUCAGCAUCAAGAACGCCCGUGUGUCUCAGCACUACAAGGCCAGCCUCACUGCCACUUUCAACCUGUUUCCGGAAGCCAAGUUUGCUGUGGUUCUGGAGGAGGACCUGGACAUCGCUGUGGAUUUUUUCAGUUUCCUGAGCCAAUCCAUCCACCUGCUGGAGGAGGACGACAGCCUGUACUGUAUCUCUGCCUGGAAUGACCAGGGGUACGAACACACAGCUGAGGACCCAGCACUGCUGUACCGUGUGGAGACCAUGCCUGGGCUGGGAUGGGUGCUCAGGAAGUCCUUGUACAAGGAGGAGCUUGAGCCCAAGUGGCCCACACCGGAAAAGCUCUGGGACUGGGAUAUGUGGAUGCGGAUGCCGGAGCAACGCCGAGGCCGAGAGUGCAUCAUCCCUGACAUUUCCCGAUCCUACCACUUUGGCAUCGUUGGCCUCAACAUGAAUGGCUACUUCCAUGAGGCCUACUUCAAGAAGCACAAGUUCAACACGGUUCCAGGUGUCCAGCUGAGGAACGUGGACAGUCUGAAGAAAGAAGCGUAUGAAGUGGAAGUUCACAGGCUGCUCAGUGAAGCUGAGGUUCUGGACCACAGCAAGAACCCUUGUGAAGACUCUUUCCUGCCAGACACGGAGGGCCACACCUAUGUGGCCUUUAUCCGAAUGGAGAAGGAUGAUGACUUCACCACCUGGACCCAGCUUGCCAAGUGCCUCCAUAUCUGGGACCUGGAUGUACGUGGCAACCACCGGGGCCUGUGGAGAUUGUUUCGGAAGAGGAACCACUUUCUGGUGGUGGGGGUCCCAGCCUCCCCCUACUCAAUGAAGAAGCCACCAUCAAUCACCCCAAUUUUCUUGGAGCCACCCCCAAAGGAGGAGGGAGCCCCAGGAGCUGCAGAACAGACAUGAGACCUCCUCCAGGACCCUGCAGGGCUGGGUACUGUGUACCCCCAGGCAGGCUAGCCCUUCACCCAAUCCUGUAGGAUUUUGUAGACACUCUCAGGGGCUGGGGCUGGUUUGUUUUUAACAUGAGACUUAAUUACUAACUCCCAGGGGAGGGUUCCCCUGCUCCAACAUCCCUGUUCCUGAGUUGGAGGUCUAUUUAUUUACUUCCUUGUCGGGAAAGGGCAGGAUAGUACCUGGGAAUCUUUGGGAUCCCUGGGCAGCUGAUCCUGCCCUUUGUAUACUCCCUCCUCCCAGGCCUGGCUCAGAAUCUAACCUAUUUAUUGACUGUCCUGAGGGCCUUGGAAACCGGCGGAAGCCUGUAGGGCCUUGAUUUUUUUUUUUGGACUGGGGUGCUGCCCUGAGGGUGGGGCAGGCUCUUACUCAGGAAACUGCUGUGCCCAACACAUGGACAGGCCCAGCAGGGGCCCACCUGCUGAUGCAGACUCACUCAGAGACCCUCAGACACUGAACCAGGCCUCUUUCAGCCUCCUCUUUGUCCAGAUUUCCAAAGCUGGAUGAGGUGGUCAUUGAUUAAAAAAGGAGAAAAGCUC